GCGCACUACUGCCAGCCUCGGUCUGGUGCACGGCUGCACUUCCGGGAUUGGGAAGGUCAGGUCACAAGUGGGGAGGGUGAAGGGGUCAAGACGGACCUCAAGACGUGUUUCUUCAAGCUCAGCAGAUGGCGCUGGUGAGAGGUAUCACAGGUCUUCAGCAGCAGCUGCAACAUCAUGUGACCUGCGGCAGCAGAAUGUUCAGAAAACAGCGUCGGCAAGGUGGGAGACAAGGUGCUGGUGGCCAUCAUGGGCCAGAAGAAGAAGGCCCUGAUCGUGGGCCACAAGCAGAAUGGGCCGCGCAUGACGCCUAAGUUUGACUCGAACAACAUCAUCCUGCUGGAGGAUUCUGGGAACCCCACCGGCACCAGGAUAAAGGUUCCCGUGCCGUCACUACUCAGGAAAAAAGCUGCUGACCAGUCCAAGGUGCUGGCCAUCGCUUCCAGGUUCAUCUAAACACUGCUGACCAGGCCAAAGUGUUGGCUAUCGCUUCUAGGUUCAUCUAAACACUGCUGACCAGUCCAAGGUGCUGGCCAUCGCUUCUAGGUUCAUUUAAACACUGCUGACAAGUCUAAAGUGCUGGCCAUCGCUUCUAGGUUCAUCUAAACACUGCUGACCAGUCCAAAGUGCUGGCCAUCGCUUCCAGGUUCAUCUAAACACUGCUGACCAGGCCCAAGUGCUGGCCAUCGCUUCUAGGUCCAUCUAAACACUGCUGACCAGUCCAAAGUGCUAAGCCAUCGCUUCUUGGUACCAAAGUGCUGGCCAUUGCUUCUAGGUUUACAUGUAUAUGUCUGUGACUGCAGAUAUAAUUCAGUAUUUGUUGCCAGUGUCUUAAGUAAGGUCUGGAUUAGGGGUGCCUAUCAGCGCACAAAAUUCAGGCACUGGAGGUCUAGACCUGAAUGUUAGUACAGCAGUGCUAAGUUAUAUAAAGAAGGUGAGACACAAGUAUAGGUCUCUGUGAGCAAUGGUGAACAAAUAAUGUUCUGUAUAUUUAGAAUUACAGAAUGAUAAUUUUCUAUGCAGUACCCUGAAAAAAAAAAAGUCAUGUGCAGGUCAGGCAAAACAGGUAAAUGCCUGUCUGCCUGCUCAUCUGUCGAACCGACAGGAGAACCGUUAAAAAUUACCCUGACAAGUAAGGUGUGGACUGAGGUAACAUUUCACACCCUUCCAUACACAGAUGCUAGAAAGAUGUUACCGACUGUAGGUAUAAUGUUGACUUGAAAGAUAAGCCUUUGAAAACUUUCCAAAUCAUUUUCUCAAGUUGAGUUGGUAACUGUUUCAUUCACCAUAAACUGUGGCUACUUCGAGGGAAGCAGCAAACAUUUCCAGUGAAUAGUUUGAUUUGGACCAAUAAAAUUGAUAUUUUGUUGUCUCA